AUGGCGCCCGGUGCUAGUCUCAUAACAAAGCUCAAGGUCCAGCUCAAGCUAACCAUUGCGCGCCUGCGCAUGGUUCAGCAGCGCGAUGAGCAACUUGGAAAGGCCGCGCGGAGAGCCAUGGCCCAACUCCUCGAAGCCGGCAAGGAAGACUCAGCCCGCAUCCGCGUCGAGAACAUCAUCCGAUCUGAUAUCACCUCUGAGCUUCACGAGAUUCUUGAACUCUACUGCGAACUACUUCUUGCGCGCUCCGGGCUGCUGGAGGCACAUACUGUUGAUCCUGGGCUGGAAGAAGCUAUUCAGAGUUUGAUCUAUGCGGCGCCCAAAACGGAGAUUAAAGAGCUCGGAACAGUGAGGACGCUUUUGGCAGAGAAGUACGGCAAGGAGUAUGUACUUUCAGCAACGGAAAAUGCAGAUGGAAAGGUCAACGACAAGGUUGUCAAGAAGCUCAGUGUCACGCCUCCACGGGAGGAGCUUGUCGUCGGGUACUUGGAGGAGAUUGCCAGAGCCUAUGGCGUUGACUGGCCCAAGCGGCAAGCAGUUUCGCCGCCUCCAGAGCUUCUCGAUGACGAUGAUGAAGAUGACGAGGUUGACGACGACGAUAAGCCAUCCGGCGGACAGAAACAAAGGGUUCUUGAGACACCUCUUGGCGCAGACACCAAAGACCCAGUCUUGAACACACCAGUUAAAAAGCUCGCCGGCGGAGGCCCAACAAGCCCACUGACGGUGACACCGCCGCGGAUGACAACCGAUAACAUACAUCCGAAGGUGACGCUAGGAUCGGUGGAGUUGAAGCCCAGCAAGAAGAUGGAGUCAGCAUCACGAAAGGGCGAGCCUGAUGGAUCGAUCCCAGACCUUGGUGAUCUGGAGAGAAGAUUUGCGGCGCUGAAGAAGCGAUGA